GCGCGGCGCAGCGCAGGGCGGGUCCCGGCGCAGAGCUGCUGCCGGGUGCGCUGGGCCCGGGGCAGCCGCCGUGCCAGCAGCUUUCGGCGGUGCGAUGCGGAUGGCGGUCGGUGCGGCAGCGGGCGAGGGGGCAGCACAGAGCCCCGGCCCCGCCGCCGUGUCGCUGGGCUUGAGCGUGGCCGUGGUCUCCAGCCUGGUGAACGGCUCCACCUUCGUCCUGCAGAAGAAGGGGAUCGUGCGGGCCCGCGGGCGAGGUACUUCAUACUUAACAGAUAUAGUAUGGUGGUCUGGCACUAUUGCAAUGGCUUUGGGUCAAAUAGGGAAUUUCUUGGCCUACACUGCAGUUCCAACUGUGCUAGUGACACCUUUGGGAGCUCUUGGCGUUCCAUUUGGGUCCAUUUUAGCUUCUUACUUACUGAAGGAAAAACUGAACAUUCUUGGCAAGCUGGGAUGUUUGCUGAGCUGCGCUGGGUCUGUUGUUCUCAUUAUCCAUUCCCCAAAGUCCGAGAGUGUAACGACUCAGGCUGAGCUUGAAGAGAAGCUUACAAAUCCAGUUUUCGUGGGUUAUCUCUGCAUAGUGCUGCUAAUGCUUCUCCUGCUUAUCUUCUGGAUAGCUCCAGCUCAUGGACCUACUAACAUCAUGGUUUACAUCAGUAUUUGCUCUCUGUUGGGCAGUUUCACUGUUCCCAGCACAAAAGGCAUUGGGUUGGCUGCUCAGGAUAUCUUUCACAAUAACCCAUCGAGUCAAAGGGCUCUGUACCUCUGUCUAGUACUUCUGGCAGUAUUAGGAUGUAGCAUUAUAAUUCAGUUCAGAUACAUCAAUAAGGCACUGGAAUGUUUCGACUCCUCUGUGUUUGGUGCCAUCUACUAUGUUGUGUUUACCACCCUAGUCCUGCUGGCUUCAGCCAUCCUUUUCAGGGAAUGGAGUAAUGUAGGAGUGGUAGAUUUCUUGGGAAUGGCUUGUGGAUUCACCACAGUAUCUAUUGGAAUUGUUCUUAUACAAGUCUUCAAGGAAUUCAACUUCAAUAUUGGGGACUUAAAUAAACCUAACAUGAAGACAGAUUAAAAUAUUUUUUGAGGGGAAACUGGAUGGCUCAGGGAAGGAUGCAGAGCCUUUCAUUUUUAGGUCACUGACUCAAUUAUGAUUCAGGUUGGUUGUUACUCUCUGACUAUUUGGUGGCCUAUGUGAAAUGCAUUGGAGGCCUCCAUCCAGUUUCAAAGGAGCAGUUGUCCGUGUACCCCAGUCAACACAAUAAUUGACCUUAAUUGGAACCACUGAUUGAGUUAGCAUAGCCACUGAUGUGUUUCCUUACUUUAAUAGGUAAUCUGUCAGAAAAGAUAUGAGGAUAUUCUGAUAGACCUGUGUGAAAGCUUGUAUUGUGGCUUCUGAGGUACUGUUUUUAUUGGCAGAGAACAUCAGUUUCUAGUGCACUCAAUCUGACACCUUUUAUGAGUGAUGUAUACCUUAAAAUAU